UUGUGGGAAGAGCUGAAGCAGGCGCUCUUGGCUCAGCGCGGCCCGCUGCAAUCCGUGGAGGAACGCGCCGCCGAGCCACCAUCAUGCCUGGGCACUUACAGAAAGGCUUCGGCUGCGUGGUCACCAACCGAUUCGACCAGUUAUUUGACGACGAAUCGGACCCCUUCGAGGUGUUGAAGGCAGCAGAGAACAAGAAAAAAGAAGCCGACAGGGGCGGCGUUGGGGGCCCUGGGGCCAAGAGCGCAGCUCAGGCUGCAGCCCAGACAAACUCCAACGUGGCGGGCAAACAGCUGCGUAAAGAGUCCCAGAAAGACCGCAAGAACCCACUGCCCCGCAACGUCGGCGUGGUUGACAAGAAGGAGGAGACGCAGCCGCCCGUGGCGCUUAAGAAAGAAGGAAUAAGACGCGUUGGAAGAAGACCUGAUCAGCAACUUCAGGGUGAAGGGAAGAUAAUUGAUAGGAGACCAGAAAGGCGACCACCUCGUGAAAGACGAUUCGAAAAGCCACUUGAAGAAAAGGGUGAAUGAGGAGAAUUUUCAGUUGAUAGACCGAUUAUUGACCGGCCUAUCCGAGGCCAUGGUGGUCUUGGAAGAGGUCGAGGAGGUCGUGGAUGAGGAAUGGGCCAGGGAGAUGGCUUUGAUUCUCGUGGCAAACGUGAAUUUGAUAGGCGUAGUGGAAGUGAUAGAUCUUCUUUUUCACAUUACAGUGGCCUGAAGCAUGAGGACAAGCGUGGAGGUAGCGGAUCUCACAACUGGGGAACUGUCAAAGAUGAAUUAACAGAGUCCCCCAAAUACAUUCAGAAACCAAUAUCUUAUAAUUGCAGUGACUUGGAGCAAUCAAAUGUGACUGAGGAAACACCUGAAGGUGAAGAACAUCCAGUUGUGGACACUGAAAAUAAGGAGAAUGAAGUUGAAGAAGUAAAGGAGGGAGGCCCAAAAGAAAUGACUUUGGAUGAGUGGAAGGCUAUUCAAAACAAGGACCAGACAAAAGUAGAAUUUAAUAUCAGAAAACCAAAUGAAGGUGCUGAUGGGCAGUGGAAGAAGGGAUUUGUUCUUCAUAAGUCAAAGAGUGAAGAGGCUCAUGCUGAAGACUCGGUUAUGGAUCACCAUUUCCGGAAGCCAGCAAAUGAUAUAACAUCUCAGCUGGAGAUCAAUUUUGGAAACCUUGGCCGCCCAGGACGUGGUGUCAGGGGAGGACGAGGCAGCCGUGGGCGUGGUGGACGUCCAAACCGUGGCAUCAGGACUAACAAGUCAAGUGCUUCUGCUCCUGAUGUGGAUGACCCAGAGGCAUUCCCAGCUCUGGCUUAACUGGAUGCCAUAAGACAACCCUGGUUCCUUGUGGACCCUCUUCUUUGAGGCUUGCAUGCUUAAGGAUCCCAAACAACUAAGAAAUUAAAAAAAAAAAAAAGACUGUCAUUCAUACCAUUCACACCUAAAGACUGAAUUUUAUCUGUUUUGAAAAUGAACUUCUCCUGCUACACAGAAGUAACAAUAUGGUAGUCAGUUUUGUAUUUAGGAAAUGUAUUGGUAGUGGGGAUGUUUUCAUAAUUUUCAGAGAUUAUGCAUUCUUCAUGAAUACUUUUGUAUUGCUGCUUGCAAAUAUGCAUUUCCAAACUUGAAAUAUAGGUGUGAACAGUG